AUGGAUCGAUUGCCCUGGCAGGACUUCUGGAUCGAAGAACUUCCGAAAGACCCCAAGACGCUCUCGCCGAAACUUGUAGACUUCCUAGUGCAGUUCAACCUUCACCCAGCCGCGCCAUAUGUUUACUCCCGGCCAAUCUCCUGGUCAAAAGCCUUCGAUAAGGCCAACUGGUCCAACCACCUCCUAGAGGGAGACGCUGACGGGCGUGACUUCUUCUCAAACUGGAGCUGCUCAAAGAAACCGGAAAUGGCAUGCUCGAUUGCUCUCUUUAGCAUGUGGACUAGCUCUUGGGUUCGCGAUCCAGACUGGGACUCCAAAACAUGGCACGUGUAG